AUAGCGAUUAUGACGACGUUCAGUUUGCGUGUCUCUCCUCGCCGACCGCUCCGUGAAGUGAAUCGUAGUGCGGCCAUCAUCAUCCAUCCAUCCAAGUAGGCAUCGGCCAUUCGAUUCGUUUCAGUUUAGUGUGUCUGUGCGCGAAAAGACGUCGUGUCGGAUUUGUGUUGAUUCGCGAGGCCGUCGUCGUUCAUCAUCAUUUUGGAGUGGCUGGCAAGCAAUCCCAUCAGCAAUCCACAUUCAAAAGUGUUCAGUGCAGUUGUUCGGUCGGAUCUCUCGGUAGGUUUUCAACCAGCAAGUUGGCUGGCAGUGCGAAUAAAAAGUGUGUGCGUAUUUUCCUCGCGGUUCGCGUGUGCCGUCUCGUGAAGUGCUCUUUAGUGGUGGGAAUAGUGGUCAAUCCGGAUUCGAGGGAAACCGGACCGGACUGGAAUCGAAUUGUGAGAUUUUGCAUUUUUUUUCGGGAAGGUGAAGGAAAUUUGUCCAAAAAGAUUGGCCGCUGUCAAAAGUGUGCAAAGUUCCAGCUGGAUGUGGUUGCUGCGAUUGAAGGAAAUUAUUGUGCUUUUCUAGACAGGACAGGUAGUCGAAGUCUUAAAAGUGUGCUAAGAGAGGAGGAUUCGCCUUGUAAGAGUUGGUAAAUAGAAGAUAGCCUUGGGGGAAGGAAGUGCACAGAGAUCAAGGUCUCAACAGUCGUGAUUCCCUAUCCGAAGUGUGACCGUGAGCUGACAAAACGGGUGAAAACCCAAAAUAUUUGGAUAUCUAGUGUUGUUUACGACGGCGCAGCGAUGCAAACUUCCGGUGGAAUAAGUGGCCGAUCGAGAGAACUCGGAAUAUUCACAUAAACCAUCAGAAACAUCAUCCCCACCCGAAGACGAUGAAUCAUAGCUCGUUACGCCGUCUAGUCAAAGGAUCACUCAUAUGAUUCGAGUCCAUUCUACACAACAUCGAACUCGGUAACGAUCGCAAGAGAGAAGUUCAAGCGUACGUUACUAAAUCCGUGAAUUCAUAAUAGCGUGAUCAAUCGGCAUCGUGUGACCCCGCUAGAGGCAUCUUCUCCCAACAUAGCACAAAAACAGAAGCCAGAAGAGAAUCCACUAGCAGCACCAGCAAAAACCACCGCCUGUGUUUGAGAAGAGAAUCUGCAUUUAUUCACGUGGUUUCCGCUAGACUCGUUCGGAGUGCUCGUCAUCCGCCGUCAUCAUAAAUGUAUUAAGAAAGCUGCUAUAAUACGCCCAACAAAAACGGAAUCCCCAACCAGUCCAGCAGUGGCAGCGUUUUGGUCGCAGUGUGGUGCGCGCAAUCGUCGAACGCAGAGAAUUCGAAACGCGCCGCGCGCGCAGUUUUCUAGAAACGUGUAGAAGAAGUCAUUAUCAUACUCAGUUCUGUGAGCUGCAUUUAUUCGCCGCCCUUCGUCGAAUGAGUUGGCGACUCCGCGAGUGAGUUCAGAACGUCUGUCACGACCCGUCAGCGUUGAAUCACGUUCCAAACCCCUAUCAUAGUAAAGUUGGAUCGAUCGCGAACAACCCACCAUGUCAUAGUUUGAAGCUACAGAACCGUAGAAAUCGAAUCGUGCGUUGGCAGCGUUGGCUGACGGCAAAACUACAGACGAGUGCAUCAACGCAAGUUACGAAGGUCUACCGGAGAGGAAUGUGAUUUAUUAUGUGAAUGGGCGUUGCGCGAUGUAGUGCUGUGAUACAAAACCCUUCGCGCGAGAAUCUCAAGUUCUGAACGGGCAACGCGUGGAAAAAAAAGAAGAAAAAAAUCACAUUCGUCUGCGCGCGGCGGCACACGGUGGAUGGUGUAACAUUAUUACCCGGGGUUUGAUCGGUUCGUGGGGAAACUUCAUAGCAGCGAGUGUUUUUAUUACGAAGACGAUAGAGGACAACCGCAGCCAAGAUUACCAGAUCAGCUGCUCUAGAGGUGUGUGUUGUUUCAAUCUGACGAAGAGAUCAAUCUAUCGGCGUCGGAGAAUCAAGCGGAGCAGCGAAGUGAAGUGAAGUGUUUAUUGCGGUGCUAAUCGCGCUCGAAUCAGCCGUCCCGCGAAUGAUCGAUCUUACACGGAAGUGUGUGCUGUAGUCAUUUGUUGAAGUCGUCGUUGCUGUUUGCCGUGCUGAUAAGUGCAUAGGUGAAAAUUGUUUUCCAAGCGAAACCUAAGCCCCGUCAAUGUCAGAAGGGUUUCGCUUCAAUGCGUUCCUAGAGGUGUCGUGAGUGUGGCGUUUUGGUUGAGAACGCUUAUCAGAAGAAAACGAAAAUGCGGCGAACAAGUCGGAAUUCCUUCAAUUUUGACUUUUCCCUGAGGAGGCUAUUGCUGCAGGGAGCUAGGGCGGCCAGAGGAAGUCCUCCCUUGGGGCAGAGGCUGUGUGACGUUGAAAAAGCCAGCGGUAGCAGUAGGGAUGGAGGUGGUCCCAGCGGAAGCAGCAGCAAACAUGACAAAGGCAGCGGAUCGUCCCACAGUGGCAGCCAUAAGCACAAUCUGGAUUCCACUUCGCAACAUUCGGCCAACUCUCCGGGCAACCUGGACCGAGGCACCUCCACCUCAAAACUCACGCCAAAUAGUCAUAAGUCGUCCAAUAGUCUGCACAGCAAGAGUACAGCCGGGUCCGGAUCCGGUGCAGCUUCCGGAACAACGACCCACAAAUCGCCGGAGGAAUGUCCCCUCUGCUACGACAAUCUGCCCGCUGGCGACGAGUUUUUCGCGUUGCUCAACUGCAAACACUAUGCCUGCCGGGGCUGUCUGGAGAACUACCUGAUGAUCGAAAUCAGUGAAAGCCGUACCGACAUCAGCUGUCCCCAGUGUCCGGAAUCGAUGCAUCCGACCGACAUCCAAACGCUGCUGAAAGCGUUCCCCGCUGCCAUAACCAAAUACGAAGACUUCAUGGUGCGGCGGGUGCUACUGGCGGAUCCGGACUCGCGGUGGUGUCCAGGCCCGGACUGCAGCUAUGCCGUCGUUGCCAGUGGGUGUGCUUCCUGUCCGCGGAUACGCUGCGAAAGGCCGGGGUGCGACGUGCAGUUCUGCUACCACUGCAAGGCCGAGUGGCACCCGGAUCAGACGUGCGACGCGGCCCGAGCGUCCCGCCAGAGUCCAACCAGGGCACCGUCCGGUAGUAUAAGUCAUGGUUCACACCAUAAGGAUGACAUCAAGCCGUGCCCCCGCUGCCAGGUGCUGAUCGUCAAGAUGGACGACGGUUCGUGCAACCACAUGGUUUGCGCCAUCUGCGGGUCGGAGUUCUGCUGGCUCUGCAUGAAAGAGAUCAGCGACCUGCACUACCUGAGCCCCUCCGGGUGCACUUUCUGGGGCAAGAAGCCAUGGUCCCGGAAGAAGAAGCUGCUGUGGCAGCUGGGAACGCUGGUGGGGGCACCACUGGGGAUAGCCCUGGUUGCCGGAAUUGCCGUGCCUGCGAUGAUCAUAGGAAUCCCCGUGUGGGUGGGACGGAAGAUCCACACGCGGUACAAAUUGGCCGGAAAGCACAAACGGAAUCUCGCCGUGCUGGGUGGCGUUACGGCUUCGGUCAUAGUGUCGCCGGUGUUGGCCGGGCUGGCCGUUGCUAUUGGCGUACCGAUCCUCCUGUUCUACGUAUACGGAGUAGUGCCCGUCUCGCUAUGCCGUGCCGGAUGCGGCGAAGGGACCAAAUUCGAGUUUGACGAAGAGGAAGACAACGGUUCCCGAAAUCAUGAUGCCACCAGUGUUGAUGCCGUGUCCCGAAUCGGGGCCACUAGUAUAGGAGAGGUUAGUCUGAGCGUUGCCAGCGGUAGUCAUCUAGGUGUUAGUAGUCAACAUUCGAACUUUGGCGUCGUGACGAACCCGUCGACGCGCGAAUCGACAACCGCACUAGCGGGCAGCAUUACGGGCCAUCGCUUGGAAGUACAAGCCGACAUUAGCACCUCGGAGACGGCCUCGGCGGUCACCUGUGUCAGCGAAAAGUCUGGCAACACUCUGAACGACACCGCCUCGACGAAAGCCCUAGCCGGAUCCAUCCUUAGCUAUCGGGCGCAACAGAUGGCCACGGAUUCGGCCUGCUUCAGUGCAUCGGAGGACGGCGCCUCUGAACGAGUGCGGUUCGAUAACACGGUAUGUUACGUCAUUGAUGGCGGCAGUAUGGGCUCUGGUGCCAACAAGAAAGAAUACUGUGAUAUAUGGUAUACUGUCCCAUUGGAUCAGGAUACGGCAGCAGAUAAGGCUAGUCUGGGAAGUAGCCGUUCGUUUAGAAGCUCAGAACGCUCGUUUCGAGACGAUUUCGACUCGACCAGUCUGUCGUCUUCGCACAACACCGGGAACAUCACGACCAGCGGUAGCCAUCACAGUCAUGGUGGCGCGAUAGGAACUAACCCCAGUGGAGGCAGUGGAACGUCUUUGGCGUCCAGCACCAAACACCCUCGGAUGAAUACAUUCGGGCAACGCAUUCCAAAGCUAGGAUCAGCGGCGCUCCAGCAUCGGACGCUGUCCAUCGAUAGCAAUACGGGCUCGUACAACAUCCCUGAAAAUGUGAGUCUGGAGCAGGAACUGGAGGAACAGGAUCAGCAGGAGCAACAGUCGUUGUCCUCGUUGACGCAGUCUCCCAAGGUGACUGUCUCACCAGUGACGACGACAACGGACAAGAGCACAUCACCGAGCCGGACGAUGGCCGACGAACCACCCAAAUCCAGGACACACAUCCUGAGAAAUCUAUUCUUCGCACAAACUGGCUCCGGCACGACGGGAUCACGGGACAAUUCGCUGGGAUCGUCCCCGAAGUCUUAAGGUUCGGUGAGUGGGCGCGAUUAGGUUGUUGAUCGGUUAGUUGGACUAUACCGUGUAGAGUGGUGAACCGUGUGCAUUUGUAGCCUGUACCAGUGGGGUAGUGAUCCAGAAUAAUCCCCUCGCUGGUGAUUUGAAUUUGGACAGGAGCUUUUACUAAGAAAACAGCUAUUUACGAUUAUUUGCAUUUAAUUUGAAUUGAAAAACAACGAACCGUGGGAACUCGCGUAAGUACAUGGACAGAGUAGUAGUUUACAGAACCGAUGAAUUUUUCGUGCGAGUUUCAAAACUCAAUCAUAAAACAAAUUACCUAUCUUCUUUCUGUUGAAUGUUCCAUUAUUGGUUAUUGAAUUGGCGUUACUUUCGAUUCGGAUAAGAAAUCCUACUUUUUGUUACGGCGAAAAGGUCAUAAUAUUUCAAAGCAUUCCUGUAAAACAUCCUACAGCAAUAAAUUCUUGGAUAGUGGCACUUCUAAA